UAUUGCUCUGUGCUUUAUUCAAUAUGGUGGAUCUGGGUCAAGGUGGAGAGAGAACUUCCCCAGUAUUGAACAUUGCUGUUAUUUUGGGAAAGGCCAGUUACCUUGCAGAAAGAGAUGUUCGAUCCUUAUGGGCAAGAGACAUGUCCUUGGACUUUGAUGUCAAUGUGAUCACAUUGUUAGUUAACCACACUGACCCUAAAAGUAUCAUUACCCACGUGUGUGACCUGAUGUCAGGCACAAAGAUUCAUGGUGUGGUCUUUGGAGAUGACACUGAUCAAGAAGCAAUAGCACAGAUUUUGGAUUUUGUUUCAUCUCAGACUUUAAUUCCAAUCCUCGGCAUUCAUGGUGGAUCUACAAUGAUUAUGGCUGAAAAGGAUGUGAUGUCAACUUUCUUCCAGUUUGGAGCUUCCAUCAAACAGCAAGCUAUUGUCAUGCUAAAUAUCAUGGAAGAAUAUGACUGGCAUGUAUUUUCUGUCAUAACAAGUACUUUUCCUGGAUACAGAGACUUUAUAAGUUUCAUAAAGACUACUGUGGAAAAUAGUUUUGUUGGUUGGGAAGUCGAGAAUAUAAUUACUCUGGACGCAUCUUAUACUGAUGCACAAACAUUAAUUCAACUGAAAAAAAUUCACUCCUCUGUUAUACUGCUUUAUUGUUCAAAAGAUGAAGCAACUUACAUUUUUGAGGAGUCCCGUUCACUUGGUCUAAUGGGAUAUGGCCACAUCUGGAUUGUUCCGAGUCUGGUAACAGGCAACACAGAAAUUACACCAUAUGAAUUUCCAUCUGGGUUAGUUUCCAUCUCGUAUGAUGAUUGGGACUAUGGACUGGAGGAAAGAGUUAAAGAUGGCCUGGGAAUUAUUACUACAGCUGUAUCAGCCAUGUCAGACAAGCAUUCCCUGAUUCCAGAAGCCAAGACUAACUGUUAUGGUCAAAAUGAAAGAAACGAAAUGCCAUCUCACACACUUCACAAAUUCAUGCUAAAUUUGACUUGGGAUGGCAAAGAUUUGUCUUUUACUGAAGACGGUUAUCAAGAAAAUCCAAAACUAGUUGUUAUAUUACUGAACAUGGAGAGAGAUUGGGAAAAGGUGGGAAAAUGGGAGAACAAGUCAUUACACAUGAAGUAUCCAGUGUGGCCAAGGAUUACAGCAUCAGCAGACAGUGACCCUGAUGAUAACCAUCUGAGCAUUGUCACUUUGGAAGAAGCUCCGUUUGUGAUUGUUGAAAAUAUGGACUACCUAACAGGAACAUGUGUUAGAAAUACAGUGCCAUGCCGAAAGCAUAUUCGUUUAAAUAAUUCUACAACUGAAGGAACAUAUGUGAAAAAGUGUUGCAAAGGAUUCUGCAUAGACAUUUUGAAGAAACUUUCAAAGACUGUGAAAUUUACCUAUGACCUUUACCUUGUAACCAAUGGCAAGCAUGGGAAAAAAAUCAAUAACGUGUGGAAUGGAAUGAUUGGUGAAGUGGUUUAUAAACGAGCAGUUAUGGCAGUGGGUUCCCUUACAAUCAACGAAGAGCGUUCAGAAGUAGUUGAUUUUUCUGUUCCGUUUGUUGAAACUGGAAUUAGUGUGAUGGUAUCUCGUAGCAAUGGCACAGUUUCUCCAUCUGCUUUUUUAGAACCAUUUAGUGCUUCGGUUUGGGUCAUGAUGUUUGUAAUGCUUCUGAUUGUAUCGGCUGUGGCUGUUUUUAUAUUUGAAUACUUUAGUCCUGUAGGAUAUAACAGGAACCUAGCAAAAGGGAAAGCCCCACAUGGACCAUCUUUUACUAUCGGAAAAGCUGUGUGGCUGCUUUGGGGAUUGGUCUUCAAUAAUUCAGUCCCUGUACAAAAUCCAAAGGGUACAACAAGCAAAAUUAUUGUUUCAAUAUGGGCUUUUUUCGCUGUGAUCUUUUUGGCAAGUUACACAGCUAACUUGGCUGCAUUUAUGAUUCAAGAGGAAUUUGUUGAUCAAGUGACUGGACUUAGUGACAAAAAGUUUCAGAGGCCGCAUGAUUACUCUCCUCCAUUUCGAUUUGGUACUGUCCCAAAUGGAAGCACAGAGAGAAAUAUUAGGAACAACUAUCCAGAUAUGCAUCAGUACAUGGUGAAAUUUAAUCAGAAAGGGGUGCAAGAUGCAUUAGUCAGUUUAAAGACUGGGAAGCUGGAUGCAUUCAUCUACGAUGCAGCAGUGCUGAACUAUAUGGCUGGGAGAGAUGAGGGCUGCAAGCUUGUGACAAUAGGCAGUGGUUAUAUCUUUGCCACCACAGGCUAUGGCAUUGCACUUCAGAAGGGUUCCCAAUGGAAAAGGCCAAUUGAUUUAGCUCUUCUUCAGUUUGUUGGGGAUGGUGAAAUGGAAGAACUGGAAACGUUGUGGCUGACUGGUAUAUGUCACAGUGAGAAAAAUGAAGUUAUGAGUAGCCAACUGGAUAUUGAUAACAUGGCAGGUGUAUUCUACAUGCUGGCUGCUGCCAUGGCCUUGAGUCUCAUAACUUUUGUGUGGGAACAUUUAUUUUAUUGGAAACUGCGCUAUUGUUUUACCGGAAUUUGCACUGGAAAGCCAGGACUUCUAUUUUCAAUAAGCAGGGGUAUUUACAGCUGCAUUCAUGGGGUGCAUAUAGAAGAGAAGAAAAAAUCUCCAGAUUUUAGUUUCACUGCAUCACAAACAAACAUGUUAAAACUUCUGAAAGCAUCAAAAAAUCUUUCUAAUUUGUCGAAUUUAAAUCCUUCGCAAUCAAAUUCACCAAAAAGGACAUCUGAUUAUUUUCAAAGAAGUUCCCUGUUAAUGGACAUAGUCCUAGAUAAGGGCAAUUUUAUUUACUCAGAUAACAGACCUUUUCAGCAAAAUGAUAUAUAUGCGGAUAAUACGCAUGGCAUUUCAAUGCUGGUUAGCAACAGACAGAAAGACAACCUUAAUAAUUAUGUGUUUCAAGGUCAACACCCUCUUACCCUUAAUGAGUCAAACCCAAACACUGUUGAAGUUGCUGUCAGUGCAGAACCAAAGGUAAAUUCUAGACCAAGGCAGCUUUGGAAGAAGUCAGUGGAAACAUUGAGGCAAAACCAGGGUUCAAUCAAUGAAAAUGAGACUGAAGAAAGUAAAUCAUCAAGUAAAAACAAAUCAUUUCUUCCAGAAGAUGGACAUAUUUCUGAUGCAUCGGAGACCUCAAGUAGAUCGACAUGCAUUGUGGACACUGAAAACAAUGAGAAACCUCACAAAACCAUGAACAAUUUAAAAAAUCGUUCUGUGGCCUCCAAAUAUCCCCAGGAUUGCAGUGAAGUUGAGCGGGCAUAUCUGAAAACCAAAAAAACGUCUGACAAAAUCUAUUCUAUCGACACUGACAAAGAACCUAACUUCUUAAUGGAACAGGCCCAAUAUGCAAAGAAUGCCAUUGCCCAAGAAGAUGGAAAUUAUGCUAAAGUAUUCCAAAAUAACAAUGAUAUUUAUAGAAAAAAUGCACCGUUGCAACAUGUUAAUAGGACUCCUUUGCACAAUGUAGAAUGUCUUCCAGAUAAUGAUAUACAGUACAAAUUGCAUUCUAAGCACUAUAGUUUAAAAGAUAAAAAUGCAUCGUUGACUGAAACUAAUGAGAGACCUAAACAAAACUCUACGCACUGCAGAAGCUGCCUUUCUAACGUACCCAGUUACACAAGUCAUUACUCAGCCAGAUCACCGUACAAAUGUGAUGACUGCUUGCACAUAGGAAAUCUACAUGAUAUUGAUGAAGAUCAGAUACUGCACGAGACACACAAUUUAAUGUAUGCUGAUGUUGUUUACGAGCACAACUGGAAUGAGAAUGACGAUCCACACUUUCAGAAAAAGAAUACAUUGAGAAUCAACAGGCAACAUUCGUGUGACAACGUCAAUAAGCCAAGGGAACUAGAAGUCAGGAGGCCAUCACGCAGUAUAAGUUUGAAAGAUAAAGAAAGGAUUGUUCAGGAAAACCCAUUUGCUAAUUUUCUUAUUUAUCCACCUGAAAAACAAUUAAGGAAUAAGUCAAAUAAGCAAAGCAAGUACUUUUAUCCUGACAAUUCACCUGAAAAUCAUUUUUUGCAUUCUCACCAGGACACGCAUUCACUGAGUUGUGGAAGGAGUGCAACUGACAUGUACAAAUCUUCAACGACAAAAUCAGCAAAUGAAAAUUAUUUACGAUCAUCCGUUAAAUCCACUUCAUCUUUUUCUUCACGGGAAGGGACAGUACCCAAUGAUAUUAGCAUUUCUAAUUAUGCCCUGCCUUAUGCCCCAAGUAAAAAUACUGUGUACUCCGCUCCUAUGGGUGUAAAGUCCUCCAACAACAGACGCGUAAUUAAGAAAAUGCCUAGUAUUGAAUCAGAGGUUUAAAUUGUUUACUCUAUGUGCCAAAUUUUCUCCUUAAGCUACU